AUGAACAUGAAGAAAGCAGUGCCCGAGCCAAAGAAUGAAUUGACUGUGGUCGAAGGAGCUGUACUUGUGAUGGUGCCAGUGGUCGCUUUAAUAUUGAUCUACGUGCUGUUGCGUGUCAUUUGGAAGGUGCCGAAAUCUCCAGAGCUACCGCAACGUAUGUUAUCAUCGUAUGGAUCAGUUUCAUCUCGGGAGGAAUCGACAGAGCCGAUGCGUCGUUACAAGACGUCGCUGGUCGAAGAAGGCGAGGUUGCCGGUAAUUAUGAGAAAAAUUGGUAUGCCACGUUUGAUUUCGCGUUUCUGUUGGGGAUGAUUGCGUAUGCCGAUGUGAUGCUCGUGCUGACGUACUUUUACGAGCCACAAUGGUUGCUGAAGUCGCACUUUUGGCUCAUGCUAUUGCCAAAACUCGUCGUCAUGAUGGUUGUGUCUCUUGUUGGAGGGAUCAGCUGCCGCUACUUCUGCGAUGUUGAUGAGAAGGGUUACAUUAUGACAAACAAGUCAUCGAAGUUUAAAGUCAAUUACACGAGGAAACUCCAGCAUUUUGCAGCGUACAUGGUGCCAUUGGUUAUCAAGUCAGACUACGAAGGCCUGAUCGCGCUGGCCUGGGGUGAUUUCUUUACAAUGCUCGGCUUCCUGGUUCUUAUCAAACCAAUCCGUGAAUGUUCCAACUUCUUUAUGCUGCAGUUCAAUUCCCUGGACCGUCCAGAAGACCGUCCUAACACGCUUAAGUGGAUCGUUGUAGGCAACAUUGCACCAGGCAUGUUCAUUCUCAUGUUCUUUAAGUGGCUGUUCGGUGCGCAGGGAGCGCUGACGUUCAUUCUUGUAUUCAUCACGGGCAUUGGUGACGGUCUAGCUGAACCUGUGGGGAUCACGUGGGGACGCCACAAGUAUAAGGCAUACAGCUGCUUUUCGAAGAACAAGUACAUCCGUAGCUGGGAAGGCAGCGCAUGCGUGUUCAUGUCUGGUCUGGUAUUCCCCGCGCUUCAGUAUGCUGCGUUCGACAAUUUCUGGCAAGUUUUGCUAUCCAUGUUGAUUUUGGCGCCGACAAUGGCGUACGCGGAGGCUACGGCUCCACACACGAUGGACACUCCCGUGUUAAUGAUCGGGUGCGGCGUCAUUCUGUAUGCAAUUGUGAAUCUUGUGUAA